UAGCGCUACUGUAUACUGCACAGUAGGCCUACUUUUAUUUCGUCACGUUCGGUCGUGUUUUCGAUUGCGAUGUUUCCGGUGUCCGCUUCGAAAGUUGAAAUAAUCCACGGAUGAUUUAAGUCUUUAUUUACAAGGCGCCUCUCUUCAGAGUAGAAAAGAAACUGCUGUGGUGACGCAUUAUAUCCUUUAUCACCUUUCUCUAUGUACCGGGUUAUUAAUUUAUGUGAAAGUAACAAGACCAUUAUUCGUUUCCUGAUCAUAUCUCCAAGCUGCGAGCUACAACAACAUCGUCGUCCUGAAGAUAAACAUUGGAAGCAAACAUGGCAACUAAGCAAGCAUUCCUCCUUCGACGUGAGCUUCGCUCUUUGAUUUAUCGUCACAACUCGACUGCAGUUUCAGCAGUAGAAGGGGAGCAGAACGUGAAAUCAAGUGUACAAAGUUAUGAUAAGAUCCCUGGUCCCAAAGGCUGGCCUCUCCUUGGAACUUUACCAUUUUACCUACUGAACGGAGGCCUUGGAAAUAUUUUUAUGAAUCAGAUAGCAUUUAGCAGGAAAUAUGGUCCCAUCUGGAAGGAAUCUAUGGGGACUUUACGUAUCGUUAAUCUAUCUGAUCCGGUAUUGAUUGAAGAGAUGUACAGGAACGAUAACAAGUAUCCCACACGAAUUGACAUGAAACCAUGGAAAGAAUACAGAGACUUCAAAAAUAAAGAAAACGCUCUCAUUACAUUGGAAGGCAAAAAUUGGCAUCGGAUCCGUCGCGUCAUCAGCAAACUUUUGCUGCCACCUUUACAAGUACAUUCGUAUCAAGACACUGUCAAUGAUGUCAUCACAGACAUGGUAUCAAGACUUCGAUUCAUUCGAGAUAAGACUAAUCAAAAUAGCCGCAUCCCAGAUAUUACAAAUGAACUUUACAAAUGGUCGAUGGAAACUGUUUUUAUGCUGCUUUUUGAGACCCGAAUGGGUUGCUUAGAAGAUGAGAUAGCCGAUGGUUCUCAAAAGUUCAUCAGUUCGAUUCACAAAAUGUUCGACUCGGGACAGAUAAUGUUCAUUGCGUCACCGAAAUUAUUCCGACGGUAUAAUCUCAAACCUUGGAGGGAUCACGUGGAGGCCUGGGAUUAUAUAUUUAAAUUUGCACAGGACGCAAUGGAUAAAAGGAUAGCAUAUCUCAAUACACUACCGGAGGAGGAUAUUGCAAAGUCCAAUGGAUUGUUGACACGGAUACUUGCAAGUCAGAAGAUGACCAAUGAAGAGAUCUCCGCCAAUAUGUGUGAAAUUUUACUUGCUGGCGUAGAUACGACAUCGAAUACUCUAGCUUGGGCACUGUACCAACUAUGCAGGAACCCAGAUAUCCAGGAUCGGUUACACAAUGAAGUGUUGUCAACAGUCGGACUGGAUAGAAUAGCGUGUGUCAAUGACAUCAAAAACAUUCCACUCGUAAAAAACAUCGUUAAAGAAACAUUAAGAAUGUAUCCCGUUGUAAGUGCAAAUAAUCGGAUUUUCGAUAAGGACGUUGUGAUCGGCGGUUAUGAAAUUCCGAAGAAUACAAUAAUCGGUUCGUUGCAAUAUGUGCUUGGUCAUGAUGAAAACAUCUUCCCAGAGCCAGAUCGUUUCAUUCCCGAUCGUUGGAUGAGAUCCGGUGGGACAAAGGCAUCAACCUUUGCCUCGAUACCAUUUGGAUUCGGCACCAGAAUGUGCAUUGGUAGGCGAGUUGCCGAACUAGAACUGCAUUUAGCACUGAUACGGAUUUCCCAACAAUUCAAAAUCACCUACUUGGGCAAACCCGAUGAAACCGUCAAGCCACAAUUACGAGGGUUGUUAGCACCAGGAGACCUUCUACCGGUCGGCCUGGAAGAUCGGUAAAGACAGAAACAAUUCUGGGCCUAUCAUGUUUAGGCCUAAUUUCAUCUUCCAUUAGCCUCAAUGAAAUGCAAUGCUACACACCAACAUGACUUUCGAAAGGGCCGUCUAUAUAUAUUCACAUUCCUGGGCAACAUAUACCCAUAAACUUCGGCUUGGAAGCGAGUGGGGCUGAAGAAGGUCUAUGGUAAUUUUUUCUGGUUUGGGAUCGUUCGCACCCUGGUUACAGGGGAAAUCGUUUUUCAGGAAACGGUACUUGAAUUUCUAUUUCAAAAUGUUCGUGUUACAUAUCAAGUGAGAAUUUUAAGUUACAAAGUGCCAUAACAAAUUAUAUUCGUCAACUUUUAACGUAUACAUUUUAUAUAACGCUUUUACAUUUGUAUAUACAGUAGGCCUACAUUGAAUAAAAUUGCAUGUACAUUAAUAACAGAACAACAGAUAU